GACUCUGCGUCUCGCAGAGCCCCGGGGGCUUGCGGCUCCCAUUGGCCGCGCCGCGGGGCGGAGUCCGAGGCUCAAAAGGCAACGGCGGCUCCUCCUGCGCACGUUUCCUCCCCUCCCCGCCCCAGCCACGGGCUCCGCGGCUCCGUCUCCCACGGCCUCCGCUGUCCGGAGCGCGGCGUGGGCGAGGCCCGUGGGUCGGGAUGUAUUCCGCAGGAUUCGCACCCUACUACCUGAACGGCCUUGCGCUGUGGCCCGCUGCCGCGGCCGCCUAUUGCGCACCUGGUCUCGCCGACCCCUCCAAGAAGGGCUCGUUUUGCGUGGCCGAUAUUCUGCACCUGAGCGCCGUGGACAGCGCGACCCUGCAGGGGCCUCCUGCGGGGCACAAGCAGGGCCCGACGGCCACCCGGCCCCCGCCACCGGCGGGGCAGCCACUCCGGCCGACCCCGCGCUCGCCCGGAGGGGACUGCUCCGAAAGGGGUCCCAGCCCCGCAGCGGGCGCGGGCCCCGCUGCCGCGUCGCCCUCGCCGCGUCUCCUGCUCGCCACCCUGCACGCCCAGCAGCACUGCUCGCCGGUAACCAGCAGGGAGCUCAAGUUUGGCAUCGAGCGGAUUCUAGCGAGCGACUUCACCGCCAAGGCCAGCGAUGGCUUCUUCUUCGCCGAUCUGCCCGGCGCUCUUUCACCCCGCUACCCGGGGCAGCUGCUGGUCGGACACGGUGGCCCGGGCCACCAGCAUCAUCAUCAGCAGCAGCAACAGCAGCAGCAGCAGCACCCGUUCGCGGGAGCCUUCCCUCCGGGGAUGCACGGGGUCCCCGGCGAGAUGCACGCCCACGCGGCGGCGGGGCCGCACCUGCAGCACGGCCGCCACGCGAUGCCGCACUUCCGAGACGCCUUCCCAGCAGGUCCGUACGCGGUGCUGACCAAGGAGACGAUGCCGCCCAACUUCAAGCGGAAGCGCUCGUGGUCGCGGGCCGUCUUCUCGAACCUGCAGCGCAAGGGGCUCGAGAAGCGCUUCGAGAUCCAGAAGUACGUGACCAAGCCGGACCGCAAGCAGCUCGCAGCCAUGCUGGGCCUCACGGACGCGCAGGUAAAGGUGUGGUUCCAAAAUCGGAGGAUGAAGUGGCGGCACUCAAAGGAGGCGCAGAAGGAGAAGGAGCAGCAGCAGCAGCAGUCGAGCGCGCAGGGCAAGGAGCGCCUCCCGGACCUCUCUGCCUCUGCCGGCGACAGCGACGCAGCGUCCAAGAGCGACGCGGCCGACGGCGGUAGCGACUCGGAGGGGCCCGUGGACGAGGAGGAAGAGGAGGACGAGGUGGACGAUGCGGACGAGGAAGACGAGGGCGCGCCGCGGGAAACGGGGGGUGCCGUGGACCUGUCGGGCCGUGAAGACGCCUGGAAAGCGCGGGACGAGAGCCCGGCCGGGCCGCCCCUCGUCGCGGAGCCGCACGACGUGGCCACAGGGAGCCGCGCCCGACUCCACGGGGAGGAGUGACGAUGAUGGCCGCGGAGCCGCGAGUGACCAAUUGUUGUUGCGCUGACGCGGAGUGACUGCGGAAGGGCUGCACUCAUUGGGAUGAGACCGUGGCCCGCAAAGUUGAAAGUGACCACUCGUGCGUGGCCCGGCAAGUGACGACGGCUGGCGCGGCCGAAGUGACCGCCGCAGAUGCACAGCGAGGAGGGAGGCCCCCCGGGGGUUCCCGUUGUUUGGGAGUGACCACGGCUGCACGACAGGGAGGGACGGAUUGCUGCAUCCCGGAGUGGCGUGGGGUGGAGAGUGUGGGUUUUUGCCUCCGGCCAUGUAUAGCAGCACCACGACAGGUAAACACGGACUGCGGUGUGUGUGUAUAUCCAAUGUCUACGCGGUGUAGUUACGCGUUUGUACCAUAUACCGUUAUGUAUAUUUCUUUUUUUUCUAAACGUAUAAGUUAAGCAUUCUUGGAGGCCUUAAGCAAACAGUAUCCUUUGACUAACCACGGCACAUCGGCCGGGCCUCGACGAGUAUCGAUCGUACACGCGGCCUUUAAGCGGCAGUGACGUCCGUCUCGCAAGGUGCCGACGAGGCCGCUGGAUGCGCGAGAGACGAAUUCUACGAGUCGGGGUUUCGCGCAUUGAGUUUUGACCGAAGCAGUUUAAAGAAGGAUACUGAACUACCUCUUUCAGGUGGGGAUAUGCUUUUUUCAGAAACCCAAAAAAAUCGAUUUCUAUCCUGGUUUUACACAAGAACGGUUUAGUCGGUCCGGUUGCACUAAGCCAGUGAAACGUUGAACGUUGGGUCCAACGUUGGCCCAACGUUGGACCCAACGUUGGGCCAACGUUGGGUCCAACGUUGACCCAACGUUGACCCAAGUUGGUCCCACGUUGGGUCCAACGUUGACCCAACGUUGACCCAAGUUGGUCCCACGUUGGCCCAACGUUGCAUGUUCACUGAUAAGACGGAGUCGUUGCCAUUCGCGAUGAUCGCUGUCGGCGGCUCAGCACGCCCUGUGUCAUCAUUCGAAUCCGAUUAAAGCAAAUGGAAGUGCA